AUGAGUCACUACGAAAGCUCGAGCUGCAAUGUAGCUGUGCAAACGGAUGGAAACCUGUGGGCGCGUCUCUCGAUUGCUUGCCGACGUACGAUGUGCUGGCCCGGCUGGGAAUCAAUGUCUUCGGCAUGUCUCACUGCGGCAGAAAAUAUCUACAGCCACUUCGACCAGUUCCCAUUUCGGAUCCUUCCUUUGGCCCAUUUCUGGAUCUUCGGUGAAAGGUUACGUUUAGCCACGGCAUCUCUUGGUUUCCGGUACCCGGCGCAAGUCUAG